AUGCUGUUGAAUGCAAAGCUCGCGGUAACUUCGAAGAAACCGCUCUUUUUAAUGGAUUAACCGCUACUGGCCGUCGCCGACUUCGACAAGACAAGAUGGCUCACGCUGGAGGCGGCAACGGGAAGUCAUCUCCCGCCCGGGAACCGAUCGCACUGCGUUCGAACAAGUUGAACCACCUGGUCUUGGGCCGGGCGAGCUGCUCAGUGCCGAACCGUCACCUGGCUAGCCGCGACAGCCUGCUGGAUGCCCUGUUUGCUCUGUACGACGAGUGCAACAGAGAGGUCCUGCGCAGAGACAAGAAUGUCUCCCUGUUCCUAGAUAAAUAUCGUGCAAUAGUGCAAGACCUGCGGCAGCUGCGUGUCAGCAUAGCGGACUUCGAGGUGAAGACAGUUAUUGGUCGCGGCCACUUUGGCGACAUCCGCAUGGUCAAGGAAAAGGCCACCGGCGACAUCUAUGCCAUGAAGAUUUUGCGCAAGGAUGAAACCCUGAGCCAGCGAGAGGUGGCAUUCUUUGAAGAGGAGCGGGAUAUCUUGGCGAGGGCGGCACAGACGGGUCCCUGGCUGACCAGGCUGCAGUAUGCCUUCCAGGACGCUGGCCACCUGUACCUGGUCAUGGAACUGCUGCCUGGCGGCGACCUGUUCAACUUGCUUGACCGCUCAGGGGGCCUGCUGCCUGAGGAGGAAGCCCGCUUCUAUCUCGCGGAGCUCACGCUUGCCAUCCACGCUCUGCAUUCUCUGGGAUACGCGCACAGAGACGUGAAGCCCGACAAUGUGCUUAUAGACCGCACGGGCCACAUCAAGCUUGCCGAUUUUGGAUCGGCUGCCAAGCUGUCCGACAAGAAAAGCAUUUCAAGUCGUCUUCCUGUCGGCACACCUCACUAUGUGGCCCCCGAGGUGCUGAGUUCCAUGAGCGGGGGCCUCAAUGCCUGCGCCACCGUUCAGGGCCCAGCCGUGGACUGGUGGUCGCUGGGUGUGCUGGCGUACGAGAUGCUCUACGGCUUCAACCCGUUUGCCGACGAUCGCGUGGUCGUCACUUACAACAGGAUCAUGAACUUCAGCGAGACCCUGGACUAUGUGAAGGAGCCACCCUUAUCAGAGGUGUCUGUAAAGAUGCUGCAGGGCCUUCUCACCACGGCCGACAAGCGGUUUUCCUACGACGACAUGUGCCGUCAUGAGUUCUUUGCUCCAAUAGACCUGGAUAAUAUAAGACAAACUGUGCCCCCAUUUGUGCCAAACUUGACCGGGGAGGAGGACACGUCCAACUUCUACGAGUUUGAGGACGAGCCGGCGCGUGCCAAGAUUCCUGCUUUGCGGGAUCAGAACAAAAGCUUUGAGGGCAAGAGUCUGCCGUUCGUGGGAUUCACUCACACGCAGAGUGCCAGCAAUGCAGCACUCGAGAGAACGGUGAGUUAUCUGGAGGUGGGCUCCCCGAUGCGCGAGACUCUUAGCUCAGGGGCAUCACUGCGUCGACGGAGCCAGCGCCAGGAGCAGCUGCUGUCCGAGGUGACCCAGCGGGAGGAGAGCCUGCGCCAGGAGGCACGAGAGACGCGCAGCCGUCUGGAACAGGCGCAGGCUCGACUGGAGGCCCUCGAGAGCAGCCUGAUGGAUGCGGAGGCCCGCGAGGCACAGCUGCGCUCGGACAACCAGAACCUGAACAUGCUGGUGGACCUGGAGCGCAAGAACCGGCUGAUCUCGGAGGAGAAGGCUGUCCAGCUGCUGAAUGCCAUGAAGCGCAAGUACCGCAGGCAAGACGAACUUCUGCGGAGCGGCUACUUUGUGGCCAGCCCUCUGCGGAAGCCCACUCCGAGAGCCUUUGUGGUAGAAAAUUCGAACGGCGACGGAGAGAGGGUUGACGAAGAAGAGGAAGGGGACGAGGCGUCGGUGCAGAGUGAACUGCAGCUGGUGAUUCGCGAGAAGCACCAUUUGGAGCAGGAGCUGGCCAAGGAGCGAGCCCUGUGUGCACAGUACAAGGAGCAGCUCAACUCGGCUCUCUCGGAAGGUGUCCACUGCGUGGAGGAGAUGCAGAAGAAGCACAGAGCUAACGUGGACUCCGUCGACGUGGUCCGCAAGGAACUAGCUGAGGCCGGUGUCAAGCAGCGGCAGGCCGAAGAGGCCCUGUCGGUGUGCCAGGACGAUUGCUCCAAACACCAGGCAACUGUAGGUUCACUGGAAAAGGAAGUGGCAUUCCUCAAAGGACAGGUGUCUGCAUCGAUGGACAAGGCGGCUGUCAGUUCUGGGGCCGCCUGCGCACGGUGCACCACAUCACUGUCAGAGGUCAAGCGCCUCACCGAGGAGAAGACGAAAUUGCCACCUCGAAGCAGCCGAGAUGCGGGUGAGAGUUCCAGCUUACUUGCGUGGUCCCAGCACCAGCGACUCUUGGUGGCCUUGGAAUCUCAGCAGAGGCAGGAAAACCAGCUGCAAAGAGACGCAAACGGUCUCCGCUCGGUUGUGACGCGUCUUGAAGGUGUCGUCAGCACUGUCGAAGCCUCUUGCGCAGAGAGUGCUGCCGCUCCACAGCAGGUUCUCGUCAAGCAGGCGGAAGAGCUUGAAGCUCUACGUAGAGAGACAUGCAAGUUGGAAGAGGCCAAUGCACGCUACGUUCAAGAGAUUGAGAAGUUGAACGCAGAAGUUGAGGAAUUGACCAGGAAACCCAACAUCUCUGCUCCAUCCAGUGCCGAAGUAAAUGGGGUCAAGACGGCAUCGUCGUCGCUGGAAGCCGAGCACCAGGCCCUGCUCGAGUCCAGCAGGGCCCUGGAGGCUCAGCUGGCGAAGACGCGGGAGUUCCUCUCCACCAGCCGGGCCCGCUGCGGGGAAUUGCAGCUGCAGCUGCGAAAGAAGGAAGACGAACUGGCCGAGUGCCAGAUAGACGGCCGGGUGGCCAAGCGGGAAGCCAAGCGUCUGGAGGAGAGCGAGAGGCUGGCACGUGAGCACCGCGAUCGUCUCCAGGAGGAGAUGUCCGAGCUGCAGAAGCAGGCGGAGGAGAUGAGGGCGAGGGUCACUCAGCUUGAGCACUCCCUGGCUGUAGCAGAGAGGGAGGCCACUUCAGCUAAGCUAGCUCACGAGACCGAAAAGGCAAAGCUGGAAGAACGCAUUCAGAUGCUGAGGGACAGUUGUGUUUCGACGAAAGAUCUCGAAGCCAAGUGCGUCUCCAAGGCCGACGAAUGCCGCGAGCUGACAGUGAAAUGCAAGGUGCUGCAACUGGAAGCACAGCGAGAGGCUGAAGUGCGCGCGCAGGUGCUGAACAGCUCCAAAGAGCUCGAAGAGGAGCUCAAGAGAGAGCAAGCCAAGAGUGAGAAGCUGCUCAAGACGCUUGAAAUGCUGAAGGAAACCUGUGAGGAGUUGGACAAGCAGGUGGUCAGCUAUGAAAAAGAGCUGUCAUUGGCUGACAGCAAGAAUCAAGAGUUUGAGGCUCAAUGGGCGGCACACAAGGAAACUGUGGACAAACUCAACAAGAAGAUCUUUGAGCUCAAGGAAGCCCUGUUGCUGGAGAAGACUAGCAAGCAACGGUUGGAGGAACAGCUCCAGGACCGUGCACAGGGGGAGAAAGAGGCUGAAGCGGCCCUGGAAUCCGUGCAGGGCCAUCUGCGCGAACGGGAGGCCCUGUUGCGGGAGCUGAGUGAUCAGGUGGCUGACCUGAGACGUCAGCUGGGCACGUACGAGGCCUCGUCCAAGGCGUGGCAGCGCCGGGAAGCCGCCUAUCAGCAGGAGGUUGUCGCCAUCAAGGAAGAGGCUUCCAAGCAUAUUACGACCAUUGCGUCCCUGAAGGCCAGCAAUCUCAAGUUAAGCCGAGACCUGGAAGAUUUCGAGGCCACCCACAGGGAGACCAUGCAGUACGUGGAGAAACUGGAGAGUGACAUGGAUGGACAGAAGAGCUUUUCUGAGACGGAAAUCAUGAAGUUGAACCAGACCAUCGCUCAGCAGUCGAAGCUGAUCAACUUCCUCCAAGCCAAGGUUACCGAAAUGGAGAAAAAGAAAAAGAAGUUAUGGGGUGGUCGUAGCAAGGACGGCAUCUGCUGUGGCACUCCACAGACGUCGACGCUUGAAAGCAGCCUGAGCAAGUACCAGUCCAAGUGUCGUCAGCUGCAGGACGCCCUGGAUCGGAGCCGCUCCGAGGCCAUGAGCCUGCGCCAACAGUUGAACCACGCACUAGCGGCAGCCGAGUCUCGCCGCAACCACCCCCAGGGCUCCGAGACGGCUGCAGUUCCGACUUCUCCCAAGAGCCGUGCUCUGCUCACUGCGCUGACUCUCUCUCCCAGCGUCAGUGGAGCUGCACGUACAGGGGUGGCCAAGGCCCAGGUGACUCAAGAAGACGUCGGUGGGGAGGGCAGUGCGCUUCCGCCGCCAUCUCUGCGCAUGCACCACAAUAUCCCCCACCGGUUCCAGGUGGUGCUCUGCAUGCGCCCCACCAAGUGCGCCGCCUGCCUCGAUGCCAUCCACUUUGGCCGCUACGCGUCUCGGUGCCAAGAGUGUGGUGCGGUGUGCCACCCGAAGUGUUCCACGUCUGUACCUAGCACGUGUGGAGUUCCCGCCGAGUACGUGCGCGAAUUCUCGGACACCGUGGCGACCGAGCACUCGUCCUUGAGCACAACUGCUCCGCCGACCCCCGGCCCGCACGUGAAGUUCGCGCCAGACGUGUGUGAGGUGACCUUUGACAGCUCGCAGCCCCGCGGCUGGGUCAAAGUGCUCAGAAGCAGUGGGGGCAAGCAGACCUGGCACAAGAGCUAUCUGGUGCUCUACCGUGGCAUCCUGUACAUGCUGGACCAGGCAGUCGAGCCCACCAAGCCAGCUAGUGACAGCACGAACCCAGCGGCAGACAUAGAAGAUCGCUACGGAGAGAGGCUUGAGUCCGCGUGUCACGAGCGAGUGCAGAUGUCCCCGUCGGACGGUGAGGUUCUGGUGAGCAGUGCCGUGCCUGCCUCCGAGCUGAUGGGCACCGCCAGGUCCGACAUCCCGUUCACUUUCAAGGUGGAGCUUAAGCCACACACCACGUGCUGGCCACCCAAGUGCCUAUACAUCAUGGUGCCAACAUUUGCUGAAAAGCAAAUGUGGGUGUCUGUCCUAGAGAUGUGUGCUGGACACAAUGUUGACCCUUCGAAAUGCGAUGUUGGCGACACAGUCCUCAGGCUCGCAGGUCAGCACGUACUAGAUGUGAACUGCGUCCACGAACUGUCCUAUGAGUACCUUCUUCUGGGUGCGAUGGAAGGCCUUUAUGUUGUUGACCUGGUAGCGAGAACCGUGCGGCGCCAAGUUGCGGAGGUUCCUGCUGUCUUUCAAAUUGCCGUGUGCACGCAACUGGGCGUGGUCCUUGCAAUUUGUGGUCAGGAGCGCAGGUUGAUGCUGACCGACUGGGCGGCGAUGCAGCCUUGGGUUGAGUCCCUCGCAGGCAGGGACGUUGCGGCAGAUCCACCGGAUUGGCGCCUGGUGGAGGAGACGGAGGAGUGCCACCUGUUUGCCACGUCGCAGGAUUUCACCAGGCUGUGCAUGGCAACGGGCCGAGCCAUCUACGUGACUGUCUGGAAUGCCUCGCGUGCUAACUACACCUGCCGAAAGGUGGCAAAAACCAGUGAGCCUUGCAGCUGCAUAUUAUUCACACCCCACACCAUCCUGAUUGGCUGCGACAUUUUCUACCAGAUUGAUGCCAAAGACUUUUCAGUCGAGGAAUUCCUGGACCCCACGGACAACACGCUGUCCUUCUUGACGUAUAGCGCAACGCAGCUGCGCAGCUUUCCGGUGUCGGUGCUGCAGGUGGCACCACCGGAGUACAACCCCGAGUACCUGCUUUGCUUCAACGAACUGGGAGUGUUCGUGGAUGCUGAUGGCAGGCGUACGCGUGGCGACCUCAAGUGGUCCAGGCUUCCUCUUGCCUUCGCAUACAAGUCACCGCACCUGUUCAUACAGCAUCUCAACUCAAUAGAGAUCCUGGAGAUCAAAGCCAGGGGUGCCAAAGAAAGUGGGUUGCAUCGCAUUGUGCUGGUGAGCAACCCUCGAUUUCUGGGCCUCUCCUCGCUGGGCUCCAUGUACCUGGCAUCGUUCCACAGCGGUCAGCUGGAGGUCAUCUCAGUGAAUGCCACUGCCAGCGGCAGCACCGAUCAGAUGCAGCUGCCUUCAAGCCGCCUGGAGAACAGCGAGGCUGGCGAGAGUGACGAGAUGCAGUUUUCCUUCACGUCUUCCGUGGUCGAAGCACUGGAAGAGUGAAGCUGUGCCAGCACAAAUGCACGCACUGCAGCCGGUUGCCAAAAUACACUCGUGUGCACACACCCCCACACGACGAUUGUGAUAGGAGACAAGGUUCACAACUCCUUCCUCUAGGUUCAGACGUCACAUUUUUUAUUGCAUUUAUAUAUGUGUGUGUAUAUUUUUACGUUUUAUAUCGUGAAAACCUCCGGGAAGUUUUUUCACUGAAUGUCGUCUUGCACCAAACAAGUCUUACUUUCGCCAUCUGGAAAAAAAAAAGUUGUAAUGUCUAAGCGUUGAGGCUCUGUUUCAGUUGCCGAAUUAUUUACAAGCACCUGACUCGUGAACAAAGUCGGGGCAAUUAUACUGAUUUCCUUCGUAACAUAAUGUACAGCAAAAUUUUUAUAAUGUGUUUUAUGCAAUUUUAGUGGAGCCAAAUUUAUUGAAUAAAAACUGUAUUUUACCCUUUCACAA